AUGCCGCAGACGACCGCUCCUGACUGGCAUUUUGCCAACGAAAAAGGGAGGUUCCAUGUGACUUCCUUUCAAGGUCACAAGCUGGCCUGCGUCGUCGAUAUCAAGUACCCCAGCUGCAACAAAGUCGCGAUUCUCUGUCCCGGGCUGUACGCAAACAAGUGCCACGCGCUUUUGAGUACUAUAGCAGAGGGGCUCCCCGUGAACUCGAUUCGGUUCGACUUCCACGGAAACGGCGAAUCUGAGGGUGACAAUGACUGGAGCUUUGGAGGCUACGUUGAUGAGGCAAAGGACGACCUGCAUGCCGUCGUAGAAGCAUGCGCGUCGUACAAUCUGGACGUUGUUUGUCUCAUUGGUCACUCUCGAUCAGCCACUACAGUGCUUCUCCACGCUGCGAUUUUUGACGAUGUGCCGCUCAUAGUCAGUCUAGCUGGCAGAUACGAUAUGCGCCAGGGCCUGGAAAAACACUUAUCUGGUGAGAAAUUCAGGGCAUUUUCCGUGCUCACUGCCGGGACCGGGAUGGGCAAGCACGCUGACGUGCUGACAGCAACUCUCGAAAACGACAAGGACGUUUUGAAGAAGCAAGGCUCGGAGGUUGACGAGGGAGUUGAGUUCGUUUCCCCAGAUGGCCGCAAGCGCGUCAUCACACGCAAGUGCGUGCUCAACCGCCUCACGCUAGAUCUCCGAAAGUACUUCUCGCAAAUCAAAAAUACGAAGAAGAUCCUCAUUAUUCAUGGUUCUGAAGACCACACUGUGCCGUGUGAAGACGCCACUCAAAUGGCUAAUGCCCUUCCGCAGAAAAAAACGAAUGUGGUGAUUAUCGAGAAAGCAUCCCACUCACUCACUGAUACUCAAGCCAUCAAGGCACAGGUCGUGCAGCAGAUUGAGAACUUCAUUGCCGAAAACGGCUACAGUUGCAAGAAAGAGUAG